AUGGGGGAAGGAGCCAUGAGCACACAGGGUCCCAGCCCCCUGGCCUUCCUCACAGCUCCUGCCACUCCGGGCAGCCCCACAGAGGCGGCUGACCCCCUCCCCAUGCUCAUCGCCCUCGCCUGCAUCUUCCUCCUGCUGGCCAGCUGUCUGCUGUUCAUGACCCUCUGCAGACCGGUCGCGCUGGACCCGGCCCAGCGCCGGGCUCGGGAAUGCAUGCCCCACCACCCCGGGAGCCCCAGCGAGCCGCAGCUCAGGCUCUGGAAGCGCCUAGGCUCUCUGCGCCGCUCCCUGCACAGCUUCCGCCGGGGCAGGCCUGCUCCUCGACGCCCCCUGCCGGGCUGCAAUGUCACCCAGGACGGUGACUGCACGGAAUCCACCAAGAUGUGA